GACACUGUGACUCCUCCCCCUCAGGUAGACACACAUCUCCAUCAGUUCUCUCCCAUCCUCACUCCAAACUGCAUGACUUGGAGACAUCAACUCUGCCUGGCAGCUCUGAAUUCGACGAUUCAACUUAACGGACCUGAGCUGGGAUGCCUGAAUCUCCUCUCAGUCCCACGGCAGCCCGUCAAACCCCAGCCAGCAGCCUCCUCAGUCACACCGACAACGGUGCAGGAGAGAGAGUAGCUAAUGGGGACUCCUGCAGUGGAGUGAGUGGUGAAAACUGGCAGAGUCUCCACCAUAAACAGGUGUUUCUGGCUAUGAUGGCUCCUCAGCAGAUGCACCACCUUCUGUCCCCCAACCAGCUGCAGGCUCUCAUCCACCAGAAGCAACAAGCACUUAUGCUCCAGCAGCAACAUCUGAAAGAGUUUUACAAGAAGCAACAACAACAGAUUCACCUGCAGCUUCUUCAGCAGCAGCCCAGCAAGAAAGUCAAAGAGCUCCCUGCACAGCAGCUCGUGUUCCAGCAGCUCCUCCAGCUCCAGCAGCAGCAGCAGCAGCUCCUCCGGGUGCAGAGACCGGUCCUUUCCUCUCCUGCCCUCUCUCCAGGUGGUCUCAGCCCUGCAGAGAUGCACCAGAUAUGGAAAGAGCUCACAAACGCAGUAAGCGAGGAUAAACCCACAUCGAAGGCCAAUCAGGACUCGUCCGCUAACGACACAGUGUCAACAAAAGUCACAGGGAGGCAGACCGCUGACCAGCAGACUUCGUCCCCUCGCAGGGCAGAAUGUGCUGUUAAAGCUGAUCGCGCUGCCACACACGCUCUCUACAGCCACGGUGUGUGCAACUGGCCUGGAUGUGAGUCAGUGUGUGAAAGCUUCCCCCAGUUCAUCAAGCACAUAGGCAGCGAGCACACUCUGGACGACAGAAGCACAGCGCAGUGCCGAGUCCAGAUGCAGGUGGUUCAGCAGCUGGAGCUUCAGCUCUGCAAAGAACGGGAGCGUCUGCGAGCGAUGAUGGCUCACCUGCACCUGCCGUCUUUAGAGGCUCAUUCGAUCUCUGCACCCGCGAGUCUACAGUCAACGCAAUCCGAUACGGCCGCUGACCCCCGCGGCCCACAGCUCAGCUCCGUCGUCGCCAACAACCUGCCCUCGCUGAGCCCGUCAGACUCAGCCCAGGCGUCCCCCCAACCUCUGGGCCGUGUCGGCACUCCCUCCCAGGGCUGUGAAGAAGAGUCGCCCCCUCGUGCAUCAUGUGCCGGCGCCACGAGACGUCGUUAUCACCCCCUGGUCUACUCGCUGUCGUCAGAAAAUGAAUUUGAGCUCUACAAGAACACAGACAUCAGACCACCUUUCACCUAUGCAACACUGAUAAGACAGGCUAUUAUGGAAACAUCAGACAUGCAGCUAACACUCAACGAGAUAUACAACUGGUUCACACGGACGUUUGCUUAUUUCAGACGCAACGCUGCCACUUGGAAGAACGCAGUGCGCCACAACCUGAGCCUGCACAAGUGUUUUGUGCGUGUGGAGAAUGUGAAAGGUGCUGUGUGGACAGUGGACGAGGUGGAGUACCAGAGGAGGAGAUCCCAGAAGAUCACAGGGAGCCCAUCACUGAUGAAGAAUGUGUCCUCCAGCCUGGAUUUCGGGACCGUUCUGAACGCCAGCUUACAGACGGCACUGGCUGAGGCGUCGCUGCCAGGAUUCAAGAAAGGGUGUGUCAGCAGAAACUCCAGGAGUCAAAUACAGGAGAACAAAGCAGCAAACAGCAACAACCACAGUCAACAAAACUUCUCUCCACGUCCUCUUUUCCUUAAAGACGAAGCGCUGAGUCUGAAUGACCAAGAAUCUCUGAUGCCAACAGUAAAACCAGCCUUUCUGCAGCACGACGUGACUGAAAAUGACGAAGAGCAUUUGUUCGACCUUGAAUAA